AUGGGGCUCGCGCGCAAGGACUCCGUCAAGGUGGCGGACGUCCUCGUCCCCCAGCGGCUUAUGUCCACGAGGAACCGCAACAAGGAAUGGAGACCACAAGCUGUCCAUGACCAGCAGGCCCAAGAUGAACAGGACCAAGAGGACGUUCAGCUUCAGCGGUGGGCGACUGUUGAACACGACGCUCCCGCCAACUCCCAUGUUGGCCGGCCCCGGAAGACCAGCGACCCCAUCACAUUACGAGAGGCUCGCUCAGCGAGGUCCUCGGUCUUCACAUCCAAGGAAGACCUCAGUCACUACAGGACCAAGCACCAAUCUACAGCAUCGUCCCUCUCCGUCGCCGACUCUUUCCAACGGUUCAACUGGGAUAACAGCAGGAGACCCGACAAUGCCGUGCAAAGUAGUGCUUCCAGUGCCUUUGAUUGGGAAGUAGAGCCAGAGCAUGUCCCCCAACGUUCCGGUACGGUCAAGACCAUCGUGAGAGCUGUUGUUCCCGAUGUCGUCCUUGACCGGGCCCGCAGUGUUGCUGGCAGGGCAAGACGAAGCAGUAUCGCCGAGGUAUAUGAAAAGGCCAAGGUCAGGGGCAAGCAACUUGAGCGCAAGAAAUGGGUUCAAAUACUCUUCGAGUAUACCAUCUACCUCCUGCUUCUGAGCUUUAUCUACUUCGUCCUGGUCGGUUUGCCCCUGUGGAAGGGAGCUGUGUGGUGGUUGUACUGGGUCGUGUCGACCAAGUUCGUUAUCACCGGUGGCUGUUACGCCUUUGCACCUCUUCUCAUCCUCUUCGAGAAAGAGCCCCCUAUGGAGGAGCGACUCGACCGCGAGUCCAUCCCCGGAGUACACAACACUGCUCUCCUCAUCCCUUGCUACAAAUCAGAGAACAUUAUCGGGCCAACGCUGGAGGCAGCUCUGAAGAUCUUCCCACCCUCGCAUAUCUUCGUCAUCGCCAACGGAAACUCGGAGACGCCACUCGACAACACCGAGGAGGUGUGCCAGCGCUAUGGUGUCCGCCACAUCUGGUCCAGCGUUGGCUCUAAGAUUGUCGCGCAGUAUGUCGGCUGCCACAAGGCGCGCCGCUUCCAGAACGUCCUUCUCAUCGACGAUGACUGUGCCUUGCCUCCCAACUUCCCCGUGGUCAGCGACAGACUUGUCGGCAAGGUCAAGAGCAUUGGAUAUACGAUCAAGAGUGUUGGGCCUCCCAAGGAGGAUGGCAGUGGACCAACCAAGGGCACCUGGUGCCAACAAGCCCAGGACCUCGAGUACAAGCUUUCCGGCCUGCAGCGCAUCUUUGCCGGUAAGGUCGGCAGUGCAACCUUCCCUCACGGCGCCAUUUCACUCUGGGACCGCAAGUUCCUUGUCAAGACGUUCAACGAUCACCCUGGUUAUUCGGUCUCUGAGGAUUGGUUCUUCGGAGACAGCUGUCGCCGCCUCGGAGGUCGCAUCGUCAUGUGUUCGUCCGUCUUCGUCGAAACUGAGACACCCAGCGCUGUAUUCUUUAGUAGUGGGGGUUCUCGCGGUGGGUUCGGGGAGAUGACCAUCUUCAAACAACGAUUCAUGCGCUGGAACUUCUUCUUCGUCAACGGCUUGUACUACAACAUGAAGUACAUUAUCAAGAGCUGGAGGCUGGGCUGGUGGGAGAUUGGAGCCAAAUUCUUCGUCUUCCAGGAGGUCUACGAAACUCUGCUCUACCUCUUCACCCCCUUUAUCCUGCCCAUCUCUUUCAUCGUCCGUCCCGAUUUCUGCGGAUACUUGCUCGCCGGCACCGUGGUCAUGUACUUGGUCAACGUCAUCAUCUUCAACGAGAUUCACCUGCGUCUGCGGAAAGAGCGCAUCAGCUGGGCCGUGCUCAUCUUCUACUACAUGCCCUACAAGCUUGUACUCACGGCCGUCAACGUUGCCAGCUGCUACUGGUCGCUUUUCAAGUAUGCCAAGUACUUUGCUAAGCGUCACCCCAAGAUUAUCGAAGACGCUCGCGCCGUCGAGGUUGCCAUGAAGGUGGAGGAGCAAGAUGAUUACCUAGAGAAGAAGCAGCGCGACGCCUCUCCCAGUGGCUCGUCUUCAAACGAAAGCAGCUAUACACCCCACGGUCUCCCACAUAUGACCGCGCCGCCACCCGCGGCCACCAGCUUUUCCCGUCCUCGUCCUCGAAGACUAAGCUUUACCCCCGGCGUCGUCGACUCGAUUCCUCCCUCGCCAACGAGGCCCGAGCCCGCGCGCAGAGGAGUUUCGCAGUUCGGAGUCCAAGCCAGCGACUUUGCUGCCCAACCAGCGGAGGCAUUGCCUCGUAGCAGCGCUGAGAGCGGAGUUAUACCCGCCGUGGCUGAUAAGACCAAGCGCAGCAACAACCCAUGGGCAUACAGCCCGGUAUAA